ACGCAGAGCGUCUGUUGGUCAGACUGAUGGUCGGUUACGGCAGUCUCCGAGGCAAUGCAAUCUUGUCCUCGGCUUGGAAAGUCUCCGAACCGCUAGCUCAGAUCCUCUGCGGCGCUGCCCUGCAGGGAAAGCCGCCAGCCCAUUCUCAGGGGCGCGAGUGGAAGAAUCACACUGCAGCAGAGGUAACAGACAGGGACCGAGGCCAAUGAAGGGGGAUGGGCGCAUUAGAAGAUAACGGGAUGACCGGGAUCAAGAACACGCCGCCACGCCCUCUCCGCCCGGCCUCUUAUCCUCCAGCCGGUGGGCCCGGUUAUCCUAGAUCCGGACAGCGGCUUCCGAAGUGACAGCCACGUGGACUGCGGGGGACUAGAAUGUUGGCGUGGGGGGCGGGGCUGGAAGGGCGCCCGAGAGGUGAAGAAGGACCCGCGUACGCAUGCUCGGGCGCCGGCUGCCAGGCGACGCCGCCGGGAGCGAGUACGCUCCUGACGUCACGCGCCGCUCGUCCAUUGAGCGGCGGCCGGAGGGAGGUGCCGUUCCGCCCCCUCCCGCCCCCGCCGCCGCCGCCGCCACCCCGGCAGCCGCCUCCGGGAGUGUCUGAGGGGGCGCUGGGCCGCCGCAGGCUCGGGCGCCGCAGCGCGCGGUCCGGAGCCGCCGGUCGAGGCCCAGCGUGCAGCUUGCUCCGACCCCCGCCGCCCGAUGUCCUCAAGAUGGAGUCGGCGGGGAGGGCGGCGUGAAGAAAGCGGCGCUGUGGGCGCUGGGGCAAGGGCCCGGGCGCCCCAGGCGGCGGCGGCGGCGGCGGCGGCGGCGGGAUGGGGCUGCUCCUCAUGAUCCUGGCGUCGGCCGUGCUGGGCUCCUUCCUCACGCUCCUCACCCAGUUCCUGCUGCUCUACCGCAAACAGCCCGAGCCGCCGCCGGACGAGGCCGCCCGCGCGGCCGACGGCUUCCGCUACAUCAAGCCGGUGCCGGGCCUGUCCCUGAGAGAGUACCUUUAUGGCGGCGGCGGCGGGGCUGAGGAGCCCUCUGGCGGGCCCCCCGAGGGCGGCGCGACCCCGGCCCCCGAGACCCCCGCCCCGCCGACGCGCGAGACCUGCUACUUCCUCAACGCCAUCAUCCUGUUCUUGUUCCGGGAGCUGCGGGACACCGCACUUGCCCGCCGCUGGGUCACCAAGAAGAUCAAGGUGGAGUUCGAGGAGCUGCUGCAGACCAAGACGGCUGGGCGCCUGCUGGAGGGGCUGAGCCUGCGGGACGUGUUCCUGGGUGAGACCGUGCCCUUCAUCAAGACCAUCCGGCUCCUACGGCCCGUGGCGCCCUCGGCCACCGGGGAGCCCGAUGGCCCCGAGGGGGAGGCGCUGCCCCCCGCCACCACCCCCGAGGAGCUGGCCUUCGAGGCGGAGGUGGAGUACAACGGGGGCUUCCACCUGGCCAUCGACGUGGACUUGGUCUUCGGCAAGUCCGCCUACCUGUUCGUCAAGCUAUCGCGGGUGGUGGGGAGGCUGCGCUUCGUCCUCACCCGCGUGCCCUUCACCCACUGGUUCUUCUCCUUCGUGGAGGACCCGCGGAUCGACUUCGAGGUGCGCUCCCAGUUCGAAGGGCGGCCCCUGCCCCAGCUCACCUCCUUCAUCGUCAACCAGCUCAAGAAGAUCAUCAAGCGCAAGCACACCCUUCCGAGUUACAAGAUCAGGGCAUUAAUAAGAAGCUGGAAGCCUUUACGUGUGCUCUUGGGCAUCCACGGUGUUGUCAGCGCGGGUCGAAGCAGCAUAUUGAAAAUGGAAGGGAAGUCCCUCCCUCCCCGGACGGCUCUGGGACUGUUGAGAAACUAUUUCUCUAGGUGGUUGCUGCAUUGAGGGCAGCUUUGCAGCAUCGCCUUGGCCACAUUGAGAAACUGUUCGUGGACACCAAGUACAGGCAUGAGGAGUGUGCUGGGAGCCCAGAGCUGUUGUAUUUUUGCAACCGCAGGCCAGUUUUGCCUUGGUGCUUUGGCAACUUUCAAGGCAGAGGCAGCAUCUAUUGGAAAGGAAUACUUUUCCACUGCAAAUUGGAAACGAGUUGGGAGCCUAUACAUCUUGUAGUUCUCUGUACCUUUUGUGUUAAUGUCGUCUGGGGUAAAUUCUGUAGCACAACCCCAGGCUGCCCCCUGACCUUUGAACUCUACUUGGCUGUAGGCUCCUCCCACAGUACCUGAAAUUGCCCAGCAGGUAGUAUUUUAAGAUAGGUUAGUGACUUUAACUUUGUAAAGCCUACCUAUAUCUGGCGGCUUGAUUUUUAUGUAGUGUACUAUUUUGAUUAAUGUACAAGGGUUUGGGUUUUUAUUUAUUUUUAAUAUCGUAGAGGUGGAAGGGGAAAAGAAAUUUUGUGGGGCUGGAGUCUUCACUUUGGGAAGGGUCAUAUAUGGCUAUUUCUUCUAAAACAGAUACAUUUUUAACUUAAAGUGUUUAACCCUUUAGGAUUUUCUUCUUUACCAUAAAAUUAUGUAGUCUGGUAUUUGCCUCACCUAGUUCCCUUUAGUGGAAGUUACAUAUUUCUAGAUCACUAACUUGCUACCACAGUUUAAAACAUCAGUGACCCAGAUAAUUCAGGAAUGCUUUUGUUUGGGAUGGAGUAUUGACUUGUAUUAUGUGGCAGGUUUGCCUUAGUAAUUGUGUUUGUUUAGGCUAACAGCAUAGUGACAGCUUAAAACCUUCAAGUGGCAGAAAUUUAUAAUGGAAAAUUUUCCAUAGAUUUGCACAGGAUGGUGAACUGGUCAUUCACUGUCUGAUUUCCUGUUCCGUGAAGUAGAACAUACUUAUGAAACCUACUCUUUCAGCUCUGGAAUAUGUGACUAAAUUCUCAGUGAGUUAUAGUGUUUAAGCAGUGAGGUGUUUAUAGCAGUGUGUGGCUGAGAAAGUCAUGAGAGAAAGUUGUUACAGAUUUUGAUAUGUUUUCACAACUUCAGUUCUAAUAUUUUCUAAGUGGCUUUAAGAUGCCAAAGACUUGACUAAGCUAUUAUUGAUAUUUGGGGGUUAUUUGCAGGUUAGCCAGCGGUAAUGGGAUUACAUGUCAUUUUGGGUUGGUUGGUUGGUUGGUUAGUUGUUUUCAGUGUUGACUUGAAAUUCAGUUAAAUCUGAAGGAAAUUGUGAUUAGCAGUUAUAGAGCCAUUAAUAUGUUUAUUUCCUUUGAAGGAAGUUUUAGCGUCUGUUCAAUUGAAUAGCAUCAUCAUUUAAAAUGUAGUCAAAUUGCUUUUAUUUACUGUAUCCAAAAGGAUUUUUAGAAAACCUAAAAAUCUUGGGUGUGUUUGGGUAUUAUGAUAUUUCAACUUUUAAACCUGAAAAGUUAAAUGGUCACCUCCAAAAGUCUACACUCUUGGGCUCUAUAUUCCAAAGAAUAGUCAGUAAGUACUGCACAGAAUAUAUCACUCAGUCUGUAAAUAUUUACUGUGCAACUGCUCUGUGCUUAACCAUUAUUCUGGGUACAGGGUUUCCAUACAGUCUCAACCCUAAUGGAGGUUGGAGUUUAGUGAGGAUUGAAUUAGCUGUACUUAAUAAGAUUUAGCUAGAAUGUCAUUGAUGGGGUAACAUUGAAGUAACUAGGAAGCUGAUUUUAGUUUAGUAAAAGAAAAGGAUAAAAGUAUGAGGAUGGAGAGUGCUGCUUCAGAAAGUGUUGAGUUCUCUUAUCUGUGUGUAGCUGUUCUGCCAGGAAUGUUUUAAACUACUGAUGUUGUGGAGCAAAUUCAAGUUUCAGCAAAGAGAACGAAUUAAAAUACAUUUAAGAUGUGUCACAAUUCUCAUAAUGAGAAUUAAAGUAGCUGUGGUUUCUCCUUUUUUAUAGAUGGGGAACAGUGCUCAGAGUAGUUAAAUAACUUGCCUAAAGUCACACAACUGUCAGAUGGUGAAAUCCAGCUCAGAUACAGCCAGACUACCCUUUUUUCUUAAACUAUACUGUGUUGUCCUUAAGGGAUUUUUAAAGUAUGCCAUCAAAAUAAUGUAUGUGGGAGGUAUGCUUUCAAAUAACUGAGAACUCUUAAGAAGCAUAUGACUGUACAGCUUUUCUCCCCCCUUAAAUUAGAAGUUUUGAGAAAGAUUCCUUUUAAAUUUUUUUUAAUUUAAAUCAUAAGGGUAAAUCUUUGGGUGCUACCCUAUUAAGCAUUUCAUUUUUAAUCCAGCAGAUUUUGUUUCCAAAUAGAAGGUCUUGCUAGUUUAUCCUUUUUAGCUGCCUAAUCUACUUAGUAGAGCUAAAGCAGUAAAGAGAACUGUAUUGAAUCUUAGGGUCUUUUGGCACUUGAAAUUAUUAUAAAGGAGAACUAUUUUAACAGUUGGCCUUGUUGUCACUUCUUCCCCCUCUUCAUUUGUUUUUCCAUUUUCAUAUUGCUAAAGUGAAAGUGUUUUAAAGUGGCCCAUCAGGGCUACCAGUUCUGAUCAGGAGAUGAGAAGGCAGCUUAAGUGGUUGGCUGCUUUCUAAGGACCUAGCUGAUAGACACUUCAUUUUACCCAGGUAACAUAGUUGGUAAAGGCUGUAGUAUUUUUUUUAACGAGUAUACAUUUUUUUACAUAUUAUUCUAAUUUUAUUAAUAUUCCAAUGCCACUAUCUCAGUGUUAAUUUUUUUUGUUUUUUCUUAAAAUGUACACUUUAAAAUAGUAAAUUAAAGCCAUCAUUUUAAAAAUUAUUAUUAAUCAAAAAUUAGUCUUCAAGAGAAAAAGAUUACCCGCAGUGUUCUUUUCUUCGCUCAUUUUUUUUGUUGUUCUCAAAAAUUUUGUUUUUAUUUAAUUUCCUAUUAGCAGAGAAUUAUGGGUUACCAGUGCUCUUGACUACAUGGAGAACCCAUCUUCAACAUGAAAUCUAAGUAAUAGUCCUGAGGAGUUUAGGGUUUGCGAGUCAGGUAUUUGAGAUUCUUACUGAUGCUUCUCUUCCUAGGGUAUCAUUGCUGAGUAGUCAGCAGUGGUUGCAUAUUCAAAGGCCAUAUCUGGUUCGUAGGUGCUUUUAAUUUGGCUUGCACUGUAGUUUUUUUGUUUCCUCAUUGCCAGCAUUUAAAAAUGGAUAAUAUUGCAUGAUUUGGAUUUCUGGCUUCUCUUAGGAAAAUCUGGAAGACCUUAAAGCACUAGGCCUGCAUUCGUCCUAGCAGUAAUAAGAUGGGAGAGAUGGAGUCUAGGUGCAGGAAGCUCUUACAUAGAGUGAGUCCCCACCCACUUGCUACAUUUACUGAUGACACUUGCCUGCCUGGCAUUAUAUACAUUUGAAAUUGCUUACUAAAUGAACAUUACUCUUGCUCUUCACUGCAAGUGGGAAGAGUGUUAGUAGCUGGGUAGUAGAGGGUGAUCAUUUUUAUCCCUUUUUAAACAUUAUGUCUUUGAAAAGCCUUUCACUGAACAACUUUAUUUUAUAAAAGAUAUUAUCAUUAUAAUAUUGAAUGCUAAAAACAUCAUUCUAUUGGAAAUCUUUUAAAAAUCCCUUGAAAUGUUUUUCAUUUCUCUGCAGUGUAGUGAUAGUAAGUAGACAGUGGCUGCUUUUCCCUUGAGUUUGCUGGACUUUUGCUUUAGUGCAAAGUAUGGGUCAUCAGUUAACUAGGUAUAAGUGUUUACUUCUCUGAGUUACAAAUAAGGGGGCAUCUACUUAUUGACACUGUUUGAAUUUAAUAAAUUAGUAUGGAACAAAUAUUGGAAAACUUCACUUUUCAAGUUCAUGGAAUAUCUUCUGAGCAUGACUAUUUUGUCAAAACUGUUUCAUUCUUUUACUCUUAAAAAUGUUCUGAUAUAUAUUUGUAGAAAAUUUUCACAUAUUCUUAGUGACUGGAGAUUGAGGAUAGGUCUAUAUUUAGUUUGAUAGGGUCUUUUAGCAUAAUUAUCUGUAUCUUCUCUAAUAUAUGAUUAAUUUCAGAGAACUAAAUUAGACUUGGUCUGGAAAGCCUCAUACUAUAUAGAGCCGCUUGUAAUUGUGUUAUUUCUUCCUUGGUCUGAGAUGAGAAAGCAAAACAUUUAUUCUUACGUUAAUUAUAACUUUUUAAAAUUUUAUUGAAUAUUGGAAGUAAAGAUAGUUUCUAGUAAUCAAUGUCUUCUUAAAAAUUUUCAAAAUGAAUUCUCUGAAAGCUGACAAAAUCAUUUGUAAAGUUAAAUGUAUGGUACUGUGUUUAUUCACUUACACUUUCAUACUUUUGUUUCUGUAUAUAAACAAAUUUUUAAAAAUAUCUUUGCUUAGGCUGGAAAAUACUUUAAAAUAGCUACUAAGUAUAAUUUUACUUAUAUUAGUAGAAAAAAUUCACCUUUGGUACUUUGGGAUAGUGAAGACAAGGACAUUGGGGUAUCAUUCUAGCUGUUCUAGAGUAAUGAUGUAAUGUAUUAGCUAAUUUUUAAUUUGUUAUUUCUUGUACUUCUGCUCAGAUGAGUAUCUCUAUAUAAAUGGAAUUGUAAGAUGACAUUGUCUUAGAUAAAUAAUUGUCAUUUUUUAAAUAAUCACUUAUUUUUAGUAACUAAAGAUAACUGAAGUACUGAAGACUACCAUACCAAGUGGAGAAGGAAAUGGCAACCCACUCCAGUAUUCUUGCCUGGACAGUUCUGUGGACAGAGGAGCCUGGUGGGCUAUAGUCCAUGGGGUCGCAAAGAGUUGGACAAUACUAAGUGACUAAAACACACACACACACCCCAUAGCUAGUGUUGUAAGAGUAUGAUGAUAAAAAUGGUUAUAGCAUAGUUCAUGCUUUCAAGCUGGUUAGUCUUCCUGGGAAAAACAGAAAACAGUUAAAGCUCAUUAUACUGGCAUUUGUAUAUAUUUAAGACCUUCAGUUUUGUGAGAAAUGAAGAGGAGCGAUCAGUGUCUGCUAGGCAAACACUUGAUUACUUUGUGCUGUAUAAUGUUUUGUGACCUUGGAAUACUUGAGUAUGCUCCAGUUUAGUGCUGGUUUUAACUUCUUGCAAGUUGGGUUUUCUUCAGCUAUUUUGAAUUACUAUGAUUUAGGCAUUUAAAACACUUUAGAUGGAAAAUAGUAUAUUGAAAAUUAAAUCUUUGCUCUAAAAAUUUGGCUUACAUAUUGAAAAGAGAAGAGUAAUAAUGAGGAAGCUGUUUGAGUCUAAUCAGUAGUGUAGAGAUGUGUUGGCUUCUGAGAAAGCCCUACUGUGUUACUGGAAAUAGCCAAAGCAGAUCACUAUAAAGUAGAUUGCAUUGAAGGAGCAUGCCUAAUCAGACACUUAAUAUUGACUUAUAAAUAUUACUAGUCUAUCAUAUGAGAUAGAGACACAGGUAAUAAAAUCAGUUUGCUAACCAUAUGCAAAGCACUCUGUGUGUACUUCCAAAUACUUGCUAUCUUUUUUCAUAGUUACAGGAGCUGUGUAGGAGAAGUCGGUAUCUCAUUUUUACAGAGACGGUGGAAACUUGAGACUUCCAAGGGAUUAGUGACCCUCUCAGAGUCUUUUUAAAAAGUCCUGGACUCCUAAAGUCAUGUGUGUUAUUUCUACGGAGAUAAAUCAAUGGUUACUCUACCAGGAGUUUGCAAACAAACUGGUGCUAGGCUUACAAAUUAAGAAUGACUUUUACAUUUUAUAACUUUACAUUUUAAAGUUGUUCAAACAAAAAGAAGAAGAAUGUGCAACAGACCAUAUUGGAUUCUAAAAUAUUUCCUUUCUCAUCCACUGUAAAAAAAGGUUUGCUAAUCCCUGGUCUAAACCCUGAAACAGAAAGCCCUAAAGUAAAAAACACACAAAAAAACUGUACUUCAGUGUAUACAAAAAAGGAACAUGUGUGCAUAUACAAUACAUUGAAAGGUACUUUUAAACCUUUUUUUGAGAGUCCUAUCUUUUUGGAAAGCUAAUGAUAAUGUUAUAGCCACGCUUUCCGGGAAACAGACUCACUCAGAAGGACAAUGCAGAUAGUGGAGUGCAGUUUAUUACACCGGCGGGCCCAAGGCAGUCUCCUCUUAGCCAAGGACCCCG